ACUACUGGGUAUAAAUGUGUAAAACAUACUCAGUCAUUGAGUUGCAGCUUCGUGAAAUGUAGACCACCUGGAACGCGUCCCCAUUCUAUGGUACUGUAGUUGGAUGACGUGGUAACUAUACGGAAGUUGUAAACAUGGAGGUCCCCACCGCGGACGGCGUGUCUGCACCUCUGCCUGGAAGAUGUGCUUUUUACGUGGAAAAGAAAAAACGAUACUGCAAAAUGAUAGUUGGAAGUGGAAAAGCAUAUUGUGGGGAACAUGCUAAUGCGGAAAAGGACUGUGAGAAAAAAAGAAUACCAUGUCCUCUGGAUCCAAAACAUACUGUAUUCGAAGAUCUUUUAGCAAAACAUCUGAAGAAGUGCAACUCCAGAGAGAAACCCAAACCUCUGUUCUAUGUGCAAGAUAUUAAUGCUGGACCAGCCAUUGUUGAGGACACCCUCAAAGAUGAGGUACCUUUAUCAGAUCGCAGCAAAGCAGAGUUGAACCUGCUCAUAAAAAAACUGAAGACUGCCGUCAAAGGGUUCAAAUGCAAACAUGAAGAAAAUAUACAAUCUCACCCUGCUCUCCAUGACGCUUUGAAUGAUCCAAAGAAUGGGGACUCUGCAUUCAAACACCUGAAGCAACAGGCGUCCCUUUUAGGAAACAUGGAGGAUUUGCACCUGCUUGAACCUAACAGGUGUUUUGUUGAGUUUGGUGCAGGGAAAGGCAAGCUUUCCCACUGGAUCCAUGUCGCUCUGAAAGCCUAUGACGACAUCCAUUUCCUGCUUGUGGAAAGAUCAAGCGCUCGUUUUAAAGUAGAUGGCAAACACCAGAAUUCUGAUACCAAAUUUGAAAGACUACAAGUGGAUAUUCAGCACCUUGAUUUGCGUAAAGUUCCUCUCCUCCAAGAAAAGGGACUUCCAGUGGUUGGAGUGGGCAAACACUUGUGUGGCGCAGCAACAGACCUUGCUCUUCAAUGCCUACUGGGCAGCUCAGAGACUGCGCCCCAUGGGAUCAAAGAUCAGCCACCCAGCAAGCGCUCAAAGCUCCAGCAGCAGCCUGGAGAGUCUACAGGACCGGAGCUUCAGCCCAUUCCCAGGGUGGCAGGGGAGACAGCUGCCGGCCAGGAGCUGAGGGUGGGUGGGGUGGCCAUCGCCUUGUGCUGCCACCACCGCUGUGACUGGAGGCAUUAUGUAGGCAAGGAGUUCUUCAAGGAGAAAGGACUUGGUGCCUCUGAGUUCGCUGCCUUCCUGCGCAUGUCAAGUUGGGCGACCUGUGGCUCGAGACAAGCGAGACAGACCUCUCCACCACAAGGUCAAACUGACCAAACAUUUGAGGAAGAGGAGCACGAGGCGACAGAAGAGGCUGAACUAGACAGCUUGGAAGGAGUGUUGAAUGCUGAGGACCGUGAACACAUAGGACGCCUGUGCAAGCUGCUGAUUGACCAGGGCAGGGUUCACUUCCUGCAGCAGAAGGGAUUUGACUCCCGCCUACUCUACUACACCAGCUCAGAUGUUUCUCUAGAAAACGUGUUGCUGACUGCACUUCCCGCCUCGCGGUGAAAAUAAAUUCCAUUGACAGUGCAACCUGCACGGUGCACAGGCAGCACAACUCUCUAUUUUGAGCAGUGCUAUUUAGCUUGAUACUUUUCCUCUUUUUUUUAAGCCCAAGAAAGCAAGAAACCUGUUUGCACUUACAGAAAACAUUACACUGGUAACAGAAGAAAACAGACUGUUAACAAGGCAAAAAGCUCAGGACAUAGCAGACAAGACUAUGGUUGGAGUCAAUUCCAUUUAAAGUUUAGUCAUUUAAUUUUUGUAAAUUUAUUUUUAAAAUGUCCAGGAAAUUAAGUGGAUUUGACAAGUUAGAUUUCCCAAAAAGAGAAAUAAAUGCUUAAAAGGACAUGCUUGACAAGACCAGGCAGUCACCACACGGAAGACGAGACGUUGUCCACAACAGACAAGGCAGGAACCGGCAGAGGCCAACAUGAAUGACUGCUACAGUAGGUCACAGUAACAGUGCAGAUUCUGCCACAGCUUCAAGGGUCACAUUUAGUUCUGAGGUGUAGUUUGACUCAGGUGCUGAAACAGACAUUUCAAAAGGACAGUAUCAUUAAAGAGCAAUUCCGGGGGUCUACAAAAAUGCAAAUACCUUUUGGCACGAUUUGUUCCAGGAACAAUUAGUAAUAUCCCUCAUAAAUAUUCAUAGUAGUCAGCGAAUGACAACGUGUCUUUGGAAGCUAGCGAGUGAGUCAAACUGCACUAGAUGGCACCGUACAGAACGUAACGUUAGGUGGAUGAGUUGAGGACUUUUCUCACCUCUUGGGACUGACUGGGAGUGGUACCGUUAGCUUGUUUGCCUACUUAGUUUUUCUGCGUGGAUUAAACUUGAAUAAACUUUUCAAUAAUGUGUCAGCUUACCCUGCUAUUAGUCAACAGAUCACCAUACAGUUCAAGUACAUAUUUGUUGGUACAUACGAUUUACACGAUGCAUAUUUAGCAUGGCGUUAACUCUUUUCCGUGCCUCCUGGCAGUAGACGCGCAUGAAAUCUCGGCCAAACAUCUCUCUGUCAUCCUCAUCCUCAGAUUUAUUCGGGGCAGCUGGCAGCUCCACUUCAUAUGUUAGAGGGUUGUCUCUGAAAUUCACAAACCUGCAAGUAUAGCGAACAUGAUGAAUGAAGAUUAAUUUGUUUUGAUAUAAAAUACAUUGAUGGAAAUCUUUUGCUAGUUUUAAUAUGAAUAUAAAGCUUUUGGAAAUACAA